AUGGACUGUAACUGCGUCUCGGACCUGCUGCUCACCUCGCCGGUUCCUGCUCUCUGGACUCCAGGUAGAAUUGCCUUCGCUUUACACACACACACACACACACACACACACACACACACACUUAUCAGCAGCGAGGGUUAAUUUCAGGGAAGAUCUGGCCAUAGACCAAACCGGCCCAGCUCUUUUCCAGGUGAGACUCCAGCAUAUCCACCACUUUUAAAAGUUUAUGUUUCUUUAUGUAGAGAUUUAUAUCUCAGUCUUCCAGUUCCUAUAAGCACCCAGGGCGAUCUCACUUGGCCAGUGCUGCUCCCCCUCCCCCGUUGGAAAAUCAUAGAACUGUAGAGUUGGAAAGGACUUGGUAGAAUUGUAGAGUUGGAAGGGACCCUGAGGAUCAUCUAGUCCAACCUCCUGCAAUGCAGGAAAAUGCAGCUGUCCCAUACGGGGAUCAAACCUUGAUUCCUGCAUCGCAGGGGGUUGGACUAGAUGACCCUUGGGGUACCUCCCAGCUCUACAGUUCUAUUAUUCUAUUACUCUAUGACCUUGGGGCUAUCAACACUGGGCUCUAACCAACUGAGCUACCUCAAUUUUUUAAUGAAAAGAUACAACUAGAACCAACAUUUUUCUCCUUUGCCUUACUUCCUGCUUUUUUAUUGUGCCGUAUUUAUUUAUUUAUUUAUUAUUGCAUUUAUACCUCACCUAUUUCCUCCCCCCCUCCAAGAAGCUUAAGAUGGCCCACCACACCACUAUGCACCUUCAACAGGUUGGGGAUGUACCCAAGAAGUCAAAGCAAAUUUAAUCACCACCAUAAUACCCACCUACAAACUCACACAGAUGGUGCUGUUUGAGAUGUCUUUCCCAAAUCAGGAAGUCAAGGAGUUAGCAAAAAUAUGAAUAUAUAUAUAUAUAUAUAGGGACGCGGUGGCGCUGUGGGUAAAACCUCAGUGCCUAGGACUUGCUCCCAUCGUUUGGUCCCAGCUCCUGCCCACCUAGCAGUUCGAAAGCACUCUUAAGUGCAAGUAGAUAAAUAGGGACCGCUUUAUAGUGGGAAGGUAAACGGCGUUCCGUGUGCUGCUCUGGUGCCGGUUCGCCAGAGCAGCUUCGUCACGCUGGCCACGUGACCCGGAAGUGUCUGCGGACAGCGCUGGCUCCCAGGCUCUAGAGUGAGAUGAGCGCACAACUCUAGAGUCUGUCAAGACUGGCCCGUACGGGCAGGGGUACAUAUAUAUAUAUAUAUAUAUAUAUAUAUAUAUAUACACACACACACACACACACACACACACCCACCCACCCAAGGGCUCUAUCCAACUCAGAGUAGAGCCAAAGAAAUCAAUGGCCCUAAGUUAGUCAUGUAUAUUGACUUCAAUGGGUCUACUCUGAGUAGGACUAGCUUUGGAAACAACCACAAGUCCUUAUUAUUGUCACUUUAGCUGAGCCCUCAAGGAGAGGUCCAAUCGCCAGACUCUGUUCUGUGGUUUCUGGAGCCCAGUGGCCCUAUCCUAAUAAUUCUUAAGCUGUCUUUCUUUUAAAACACAUGUUUCUUUUUAAACACGUGUUUGAGCUCAGCUAGCUAUGAAUUCCAACAGUAGGCAACUUGAUGCUUUUAUUUAUUUAUUUAUUUAUCUAUUAUUUCACUGUUAUCUUACCUUUCAUCCAGUGAGUUUAACACAGUGUACAAAUCCCCACCACCACCACAUUUUAUACUUAGAACAACAACCCUGUGAGGUAGGUUAGGCUACUGGCUGAAUGUCACUCUGUGGCUGAGUGAAGGCUUGAACCCGCAUCCCAGACAAAAUGCUUUAAAUCAUGCUGCACAGGCAGAACAAAGGGAAGUACACACACACACAUUUUACACCAUGUGUUAAUGGGCAUCAAGAAUGCCUUCAUUUCUGCCCUGUACCCUGAUUCCAUGCAGGGGCUUGGGUGAACAUAUUGUCUUCCCCAAUGCCAUGAAAACAAAUGCGAUUAAAAUAAAUCUGUAGAAAUCAUUCCUUAUUGCCUGAGCUGGGAUAGCUCAGUUGGUAAAGCAUGAGACUCUUAAGCUCAGGGUUGUGGGUUUGAGCCCCAUGUUAGGUGCAAGGGGGUUGGACUAGAUGACCCUCGUGGUCCCUUCCAACUCUACAAAUCUAUGAUUCUAUGAAACACUGUUCUUCCAAAUGACCACAAGUGCAGUCUGUCCACAUGCAGUGGUGAAUAAGCUCUGCAAUUCCUGAGAGGCACAGUGUUCUUCUGUAUUAUUAGUUUGAUUAGCUCAGGUAAAAACAAUUUCUAGGACCUGGUGACAAAUGGCUCAAAAGAAACUUUGGGAAAAGCUGAGCUAACUUAUUCCUUGCAACAUGGACACACUGAAAAGAAAAUAAUGGAUACUACUGUUCUGUUUCCCAUUCAUUUUAAUAGAACUUGGCAAAAUGUUCUGCUGCAGUUUGCUCCUUUCGGUUAGUAGAAAUGGGUGUGCCAUUUGGUCGGUUUUUAAUGCUAGCCACACAAUAUGUAAGUAAUAGGGGACCUCUGAGCAUGUGCAGAAUUUCCUUCUCUCCUUCACUAGCUCCUGCACAGAUAAGGUGAAGUGUUCAGACCAUUAUUUAUCGCAUGCCCAACAUCAAACCUAGUCUGAUAUGGUACCUAUGUACAUACAUACUACUGCUAUUGUACAAAAGAAUGCUACACAUUACUGCUGCUGACAUAUACAAUAACGCUGAAAUCAACAUUCACAAAUAUUUGAAACCUGCUGUUCUCUCACUAUCAAAAGUCGGCAUGCAAAAAUUUCAUUUUCAGAAUUCCAAUUCGACAUUGACGGUGAAACCAUUAUCUCAAGGGCUUUAGACCUGUUGAUAUCUCUUGAUUGUUUUGAUACUGACAGGUGUCAAAUGUCAAAAAGCAUUACAUACUAUUGCAUGUCAACUAUCAAAUGCUACAUACCAUUGCAUGCAACAUGGAAAAAAACAAAGUUAUUUGUUUUUAAAAUGUAUGCCUAACUUUUAUUCAAUGAAUUCAUAGCAACAAAAUGAAUUAAAAAUGAAGAUUAUUUUUUUUAAAAAAAAAUGUGAGCGCAGCUGUGAAUAAUAAAAAGCAACCACCAGAAAACAGGGGCCUGAAGAAAGGAAGGGAAGAUACAUUAUCAUAUGUAAAAUAUUCAGUGGUUCACUCGCAAAUAUUUGACUCGUUAGUGGAUAUCUGGUAAAUAUAAAACAUUAGAAUUUGAAGAGGAGAUUUUUCUGCAACUGGAUCCAGUUUAGAGACCAUCCAAUGAAUAAAUGCAAAUCCAGCCACAUGUACUGUAUGAGACACAGCCAUUGUGGCUUCUACGUUCAUCUUCUCCCAGUUAGUUAGAAACAAACAAACACACAAUACCAUACCCACUCAUUUCACACAGCUAAGAACUGCACCCUCCCCCUCUCUCACAGCAAAAUCUCCCCCAAGGGUCUAGACUGCUGUGGAGUUUGUAGCUCCAAGCUGAAGGCUGGGGGGCAAUAGUGACAAUCAAAGGAGCUGGUUUUAACCGCAGGGCACUCUUUUCCAUGCUGGGCCUCUGAGGACAGAAGCCUUGCAUGUUUCAUUAGCCAGCUGAUUCUAUUUUUCCCCAUACACUGAGGCUAAAACCAUGGCAGGGCAGUCAAAGGAAGAAUCUUAGCAGUCUGGUGUUGGCGGGGGAGGAAAAGUCUCACCGUAUGUAUUUUUUUCUGCAUCCACAUCUCACCUUCUUCCAAGAAGCACAAGGCAACAUUUGCAGGUUUUCCCAUGUCCCUAUUUAAGAUUCACAGCAACCCUGGGAGGUAGGCUAGUGGUGACCCUGUGAGCAUCACGGCUAUGCAGCUUUUGAACCUAGUUUCCCCCGUUGUGAAUCCAACACAUUAACUACACCACCUGGCUCUCCCUUGAAAAAGGGGAGCAACUUCACCUAUUUUUGCAGCGUCAAUGCAUGGCAAUUUAACAGUCAAUCACAUUGCCAGGCCCAGCACUCUAGCGACAGCAGUGGAAAAGUGUGUUUUGCUUAACCUCUCUGCGGUUGUGUAUCACACGCCUAGUUUGCUGGUUCAUUUGUUUGCAAGGGUGAACGACCUGAAAGAGUUUAAAUCCAUGGCAUGGAAGUUUAUUCAGCCUGGGGGCCCACAUUCCCCCCCCCCCAUAGGCAACUUUCUAAGGGGUGGGUGGAGCCACUUGCCAGGGGUGGGUGGAGCCAGAGGCAAAGGUGGGCGGGGCUUGGGAUGUGACCCUUACUUCUUAAAAAGUAGGGUACAUUUCAGCAACACAGAGGCCUGAGGUUUCUGCAGUGCUAUAACCACAUCUCUCCACCAUCCACUGAGGCAAGCAAGAGGCAUAAUCAAGGACACGUUUUAGCCAGUCAAAGGGACUCCAGGAAGUGAGCUGUAAGGCCAGUGAGAGUCAUGGCCUGGGGAGAGACCAAAGAGCCAGAUAAACAGGACUAGGAGGCCCAGAUUUUAAUCAAGGCUCAUUUUGACUUAACUGGCCGGUACACAUGUGCCCUUUCAAGGUGUCUGGACUGAGCAAACUUAUUCCUGUUCCUGCCAAUCUAAAUCCAGGCACUCCAUGUCAAUUUGGCAGAAGCUGUAAUUUACUAAGCGGUCCUAAAAAUAAAGGACAGGGUGAUUAAUAGGGUGUAGUCUCCUUAAAAAGUGUAAAGAAUCGGCCUUUGAGCAUGUACAAAGUGUCAUUCAUUCACCACUAAGCAACCCACCACCUGCUGAUAAGGUCUUGAUCCUGGGGGAGUUGUGAGCUGGCGCUUCCCUUUCAAAAAGUAAUGGGAGUGGUUGGUGCAGAAGGAACCUGCCAAUUUCCACCUACAACAGGGGUUUUCGAACGCCAGGGAAACUUUUCUGUGUGAAGCUGUCCGCUGCUGAGGAGCUCUCACACGCUGUGUAGGAUUAUUGGGGUACACACCCCAAGCCUAUGUGGUUUGUUACUCCGCACCAUUGCUCCAUGUGAACUGCAAAUGUGCUUUGGGAGCAAACAGAUCAUCCAGCAGCGACAGCGGCAGCAAGGACUCCGUCCAGGAUUUUCUCUGCUCAGUGAAGUAGUUGGAACCAUGGUGAAUCCUCUCUUUCUGCUUUGCAAAUAGAGCAGGAAAUGCCAAGAGCAGGCUAUACAAAUGAAAAGCAAAUUUCGUUCAGCCUCCCAUGCUAUAAUAAUAGUAAUAAUAAUACAUAUAUAUAUACUUGUCUUGCUAUUUCAAAAACCCCAAGGAAAACAUUCCCAUGUUCAAGAUGGGGAAUGGAAACUGGGAAGCCUCCCCAAAUCUCCUUGGGUGACUCAAACCAAACCUUUGAGACAAAACUGUCUAUCUGUUUAGGCUGCUAGCUGUUUUUUUCUUAUGGAAAAAUAAAAGGAAAACUGUGUAGGGAGAAUGAAGAGCUAAUGUUCCUGUUCCAGUCUCCCAGUAUAAAAUGGACAGACAACCAUGUGGUACUUAUUCUCCCUUUGUGAUAAAUUAAAUUUUGCUUCGUCAAAAUAAAGCACUGAGCAAGUUAAGUAGUGUUCAUAUUUGAAGGCUACUGGACACAGACAGACAGACCACUGCUUUAUCCUAGGGCUUACCAACACCUUAAUAUUCCAGGCUGUGGGCCUGCAGGUAAACUGCACAUAUUUUAGAGCUGAUGUAGAAACUCUGUGGGCAUUACAGUACAGUCCUGCUACGAUACCAUUGGCCAAGAGUGCUUUGCCCUUGGUGCCUCAUGCCUUCAAUUAAUGCAAGGGGGAGAGGAAUGCGACAGGUAUCCCCUUUGCACUUUGAGAGGCAUCAAUAGUGCCCAGGACUUCCCAGCAAAGUAUUUGCGCCUCUGUUGAGAGGCUGAUCUCACACUUCGAGGGCCCUGGCAUCCGAGAGAGAGGCCUUCGGGAGAGUGAAUGUAAUUUACUGCAGGGGUGCCAAAGGUGCUCUGUGUAACUGAAAAUCAAGGCAUUGAUCAGCAGUUCAUUAGGCCUGUUAAUGAUAGAUUCAUAGAUAGAGGCACAGAUCUGAAGAGGCCGGCCUGACCUCUCCUGCACAGAAGAGGCCAGAGUGUGUCCCUCAGCACCUCCUGCUUGAAGUCCGUUCCCUCCUGAGCUGCAGAGAGAGCUCAGCUUUUAGCCAUGAUUAAUUAGUCGGGGUGGAGGUGACGGAGCUGGCUAUCCCUGCUCCUUGGAGAUGCCUGCUUUUAAACACAGUGUCAGGUUGUUAUUCAAGCCCACUGCAGAAUGAAGAUCUGAAAGUGGAAAUAACUACAAGGCGGAGAGCAUCUCAGCCUCAAGGGAGAGAUCUCGGAGGACUCGGGGAACAUUUUAUAAGUAGUGUAAGAGGAAACUCACUAGCAAAGGUCUUGCCAUGUGCACAAACAUUUGGGUUUAUUCGGCGUGUGCCUGCAUGCAACGAUCUGCGCAUGAAUGUUCAUGCGGUGUAGAGUUAGACACCAAAAAUAAAAUAUUGUAAAGAGGAACAUCCACUAAAAAAGAAGAGGCGAAGGGGCAGGCCAACAAAAAGAGAUCAAAUAUACUGUAUUUUUUGCUCUAUAAGACUCACUUUUCCCCUCCUAAAAAGUAAGGGGAAAUGUGUGUGCGUCUUAUGGAGCAAAUGCAGGCUGCGCCGCUAUCCCAGAAGCCAGAACAGCAAGAGGGAUUGCUGCUUUCACUGCGCAGCGAUCCCUCUUGCUGUUCUGGCUUCUGAGAUUCAGAAUAUUUUUUUUCUUGUUUUCCUCCUCGAAAAGCUAGGUGCGUCUUGUGGUCUGGUGCGUCUUAUAGAGUGAAAAAUACUGAAAUUGCCAUCUAUGGGAAAGUAACGUCAACGUUUGCAUGCAGUAAAAUAACAAUAUGGAGUCUUAUGCACCUCAAGCACAAACAAUUUAUUCUGGCACAAGCUUUCAUGGACUAGAGAUUUCCUAAGAUGGCACAUGUAUACUGUACUCACCAAAAUGUGGGCAGAAAACAAAUGUUGGCAAUGAAAGCAGUGGGAAAUGAAAUGCAUGAAUACAGACUGUGCUAAUUGUGUUAAUGCUUAAAUGUAUGUGAAAUGAUUAUAGUGGCUGUUCACAAAGCCGUGUUGAUUCUAAAGCAAGCAUCCCUGCACUGCUAUGCUAAUUAAUACAUGCAGUGGGAUAGAAAACCGUUAUCUCGAUUCAGGCCACAAGUGACAGAGCUGAACCUCUUGAUAAGUGAAUGAGCAUUCAGCAGUUUCAUGCAGGAGAAACACCGUAUGAAAAAUACUCAUUGCUGACAGAAUAGGGAUUUUUAAAAAAAAAACCCUCAGAAAGCUAGUAUAAAAAGGCAGUCCAACCAUUCCAAAUUCAAUAAUAAACACAAUGAUUGGGGUCUUAAUCAAGAAGAUUAAUGAUGUAACAAAGAAUUACCCCUGACUUAUAACAUACAAAAAUAUUUCCUAGCUUUAAUUGGAACAAGAUUUAACUGAACCAUUUCAAAUUCACUUCCAAUUUCACUUGAUUUUUAGGAAUGUCCCAUAUACAAUACUGUAUCUUAAAAAAAACAAAAACUACUCAGGAAUACCACUUUGUAUGGUAUAGCAACUUUUAAAAUCCAUAUGAAAACAAUACAUUACAGUGGCACCUUAAAGACUAACAAAUUUACCGUGGCAAUGAAAUAUUACUGGCUUUUUUUUUAGUGGGGGGAUCACUGUAUACUAUUUUUUGCCCUUUGUCUGCCAUCUGAGGAUACUUGUUCAUACAUUGGACAAACUGGCUGCAUCCCACAAACACUCAUACAAGAAUCCAGUUAAUCUUUGCAGCGCCAUACGUUUACCAUGACAAACACAGCAACCCCCUGGAAUUAAUCUGCACUGUAACUUAUCUGCAUACAGUACUGCAAAAAAUAUUCACAGCCCAGCUGAAAUCGACUUUUAUACACCCAGGAAAAUCUAUUCUCAAGACUGCUUCUUACUUAAGGUGUUCCUUUUGCAUUGUUUUCAAACCAAUCUUUAAUUGUUGUUUUUGCACUGUCUUAAAAACUAUUUUUUUGCAGUUUUUGUGGUGGGUUCAUAUAUUGCCUUGAGAAACAUGCGAAAUGUAAUUAAUUAAUUAAUUAACUGUGGCCAUUUUUAACCGAUGAUAUUCUUAGCAUAAGUUGCUACCACAGCCUGAUCCAUGCAAUGUAAUGAAAAAUAAGUCCUGCAGAGUUCAGUUGACUUAGUCCCAAGUAAGUGUUUAUAGCACUUUAACUCAACAAAACAAUAUGACCCUAAACCAUUCAGGCUGUGUUUUAAGAGUUUUAGGGGAGGCACUUCUUAUGGCCCUGUUGCUGAGUGAGACAGGUACAAUGUCAGCACAUGAGAGGGCCUUUUUGGUGGUGGCACCUUCUCCUGAUUGUGGAAUGCCCUGCUCUCCAUUGUCACUGGUACCGACACUGUUGACUUUCCAGCAUAAGCUGAAGACACAAGUCUUUAUCCAGACUUCUGCAGGCACCUUCACAGGGAUUUGAAUCAACCAGAUGUAAAUUUGUAAUCAUUCUGUUGCUCUGUUAAUAUAUCAAUUGGGGUUUUAAUAUGGUUGUUUAGUUAUAUUUCAGUGCUCUUGCAUUUCACUGAAGCUUUAUUUUAUCCGUAACCCACCCUGGGAUCAUACAUGGAUGAAGAGAGGGAUAGAAGCUGAGUAAAUGAAUAAAUAGAACUAGAAACAGUGGAAUGCCCUCUGACCCCACAACAAGCAGCUGUUCUGUAAAAACAUGACAACCUCCACGUUCCAUUUCAAACCAGAACAAGCUUCUAGACCUCUUUGUUCUAAAACACACACACACAAACACGCAUGGACAAUUAGUGCUAAAAUCUGAGAAACUGACAGCCUGAAUCUGUCCAUGAUUAGUCAGAAGCAAGUCCCGCAGGUCUCAGCAGGAUUUAGUUCCAAAUAUGUGUGCGAACGCAGCCUCUGAAAGGACUGGGGGAAGCCUGAAGUUAAAUCAGUUAUUCACAAUCCCAUUCCACCCCUUUGCCAUCCUCAAGUUCCUUCCCCCCCCCACUUAUUGUAAAUCUGUUUUGAAGUUUUCCCCCUUUUUAUUCAUUUUAUGAAAUAAAUAAAAAUAUAUGAGCAAACCACCCCCCCCUAAAAAAAGGCAAUGCACAUUUGGUUUCAGAAUGAUUUUUUUUUUUUUUACUCGUAUACAAGCUUGUGUAGAUUUAGCUAGGGACUAAUCAAUUAAUCAACCAAAGCUCGUUUAAUCAAUUGACUUUUAAAUCAGGUGACAGCACUGCAAUGCAUCAGUUUCCUGAGAGGUCGCUGCAUUUUGGACAUUUAACCCCCUUUCCUUUCCAUACUGCGGGGGGCGGGGCGGGAGAGGGAAAACUGCCAUGUUCCGGGACACGGGCAGCCUCUUUUUGCAUCCACACAGACAGGUAUGGGGCUUGCGCCAGAGAGUGUUAGGUCCUGCUGCUUUUCUCAACAGGGCUGCCAACUUGAAUAAAAUAAGCCCCAGCCCUCAAAAUCGAUCACAUGACACAGUGCACGUACAUCAUUUGAAUGGCAAUGCCCAUCAAGUUGGGGGCAGGGCUGCCUCCUCAAAUAUUUUAUGGGGAGGGGGCAGAAGACCCCUUGUCUCCUGGGAGUUGGCUCCUAUGCUUCACGAGGUUCCAGAAUUCGUGAGCCCCAGCAGGCAAGUACCUGCGUACCUGCUCCAAAGGUGCAGGAGAGAAAGAUCCAGCAAACUUAUGAUCUCUAGAAACGUAAGUGAUUCUCCUGGCUUGUCUUAGUGCAACUCCCCCUCCCUUCUAGACCCCAGCCGGUUUAUUCUUUCCACCUCUCUCCUGGCAGGGUUCGCCUUCCCAGACUGGGCCUACAAGCCAGAGUCCAGCCCCGGCUCUCGCCAGAUCCAGCUGUGGCAUUUCAUCCUGGAGCUUCUGCAAAAAGAAGAAUACCAGAACGUCAUCGCCUGGCAAGGGGACUACGGCGAGUUUGUCAUCAAGGACCCGGACGAGGUGGCCAGGCUGUGGGGAAUCCGUAAAUGCAAGCCCCAUAUGAACUACGACAAGCUGAGCAGGGCCUUGAGGUGAGGCGCUGGGUGGGGACUGGGAGGAACUGGGACGCCCUGCGGCGCCGGACCCGGACAGUUUCAGCACUUUCGCUGCGGGACAGCGCCUCUUGGGCGGCAGGAUCCGCAGGCUUCUGCGCUGUAGCGCCACAGCGCCCUCUAGCCCUGCGCUGCAGCAUUGCGGCCUAUUCUGGUUGAACGGGGUUUUUGAAACCCGUCUAGUUCUCCCAACUGCUUUGGAAAACAGCUUCCAGGGUGAAUUUAUGUUUUUAUAUUUCUUUAUUCCUUCAUACUCACAGUGCGAUAAUGUUCAAUCAGUGCAGGCAUUUGAGUGGGGGCCAGGUGGGGGAACUUCCCCGAGUCCUUUAAAUAAAACACCACUAGAGUUACCUAUUGGUUAAAAAGUUUGAAACUGAUUAAUUUUAUAACUAACUGAUUGGUUAUUGAUUAAAUUUAAGGAGUCAUACAUGGUCUAAAGAAACAGUUGCACAGUCUUGCUGCUUUGGAGAUUCCAAAGGAAGGAGAUAAAUUCUAAGUUAUCAUACAUUUAAUUGAAACUAACAGACCCAGGAAGCCAAUUGCACCAUUCAUGCCCCAUUUCUCUAGAGGAGGUGGAGGCACUGGCCAUAGCUUGAGAUGCAGGGCCUAGUGGGAUUGUCUUUCUAUAUCUCCUCCAUCUUCAGUGACAGAAAUCUCCAGGUUGACCAAGAAGAAUACAGAGCUAUUUGAUUUCUCUCAGUCUGUCUACAGCCCUGGUGUAAAAGGAACCCAUUAAAGAGUGUGUGAAAAUGUACACAAGCAAAAUUAAAGUGGAUUUGUUGCCUCUUAACAUGCUUUAGUUAAUCUCCCAUAUUCACAGAGUGGGCUAAUUAAAGAAUGGUGAGAGGAUGCCCCCUACCUGCGCAUGAUUAUGCAUGAAGUAGGGAAUCUAAUCCGUGAAAGAUAUUGGGCUGUGUUCAACCAAGUUUCACUGAGAGUAGUGCCACAUAGCAAGCCCACUAUGAAACUGAAGGGAUUUUAGGAGUGUGUGUGUGUGUUCCUUCCAUUUGAUGCUUUAAAAAGUUGAACACUCCACCAUACCUGCCUGACCGAAGAAGAGCGUGUGAUCCUGCUCAGAGGGUACAGAAGGCAACCUUCUGUAUGCAGUGGCCUUCAGCAUUGCCAGUAAUGUGAUGGGUAUGUCAGGCAGUGGGCAAGGAGGAGUGAGUCGUUUGUUCAAAUCCCACCUCAGCCAUAAUCUCACUGGGUGGCCAAAGGCACACUCCUCUGUUGUCUCCAGACAGAUGCCAACCAAAAUGGCACCAUCACUCAGCCUCACAUCUGUGAUGUGGACAAGUUAAUACAGGCCUGCUUUUCAGGUCUGUGGUCUGUGGUAAGGGGAACUGAGAUAACAGAGCUGCGGUUGUCUUGGAAUGCCCUAUAUUAAUGCUAAGUUCUAAAACACACACACACACAUUGCAACAUGCCCUGAUUAAUUCUGCAACAUCUUUCUUUAUUUUAUUUUUUUGGAAGUUAUUUUUCAGUUUUCAAAAUAACAGCUGAUAUAAACUGCCGGUGGCGAACCAUCAUCUGUAAAAAGAGGCAUUCUCCCCGUGCAGGAAAGGGAUGCUUACGAAAGACACCCACAUUUAUAUCAUUUAGAAACAAAGAAAGUACUAUUAGUUUGCUCACUGGCAAACUUAAUCCAUCAGCUGAUUAAUCAGUUAAAACUGAUAUGAUUCAUCAGUUAGAUUUCUGCAACAUAGGCAACUGGACUAAGGGUGCAGUUUCAACACAUACCUCCCUGGAAGUAAGCCCCAUUGAAAACUACGUGACUUACUUCUGAGUAGACAUGUAUAGGAUUGCACUUUGUAUUUUUUGCUAUGUGUAAUACUGGUUUCACAUGCAGUCAUGCAACAUACCCAGUUCCUUACGUUAUUCCCAGGACUUUAUCAAAUUCUUGAGAUGAGAAGGGGUGUUUUUUAUUCCCUGUUCCUUCGCCUACCUCUCCUAAACACUGCUAAAACCCACAAGAGCUUUGCUAUCAUCCUCUCCCAGUAGCCUCUCUGUGUAAUUGAUCGACAGCGAUAUUUGUUAUUGCUUAUUAAUUAACUGCACCUUUCUGGCCACUUGAGAUUCCACCUCCCUAAUUAAUAUUUAUGAGGAGCUAAGUGCUAUUGACGCUUCCUAUUAACUGAGCCCGGGAAUUCGUCUCUGCUCUGCCCAGUAAAUAAAUGCUGAAGACUCCCUGAUAACCCACGCUCCCUCCCCAGGGCACCAGUUUAAGGAACGCUCUGAGAUUUAUUGCUAGCAUAGAGCCAGAUGACAUGUUACGACUCACUAGGGGGCGCUCUUUCCUUGGAAGUGGUGCCGAGCCCAAUUCCCCCUAAUAGGCCACUAAGGGGAUGAAAUUUGGUGUUGCCUGCAGAGGGCGCUGAUUCCUAAGUCAGGUCAGACGCCAAUGUCACAAGUUGGCGCCAAGAGCAUUUGUGAUGUGAUUUAAUAUAGUACAGUUUUUCAUUAAAAAUAAAAUAAAAACUUCUCUCGAAUUCUGGAGAGGGUGCUUGAAAUCUUGGAAGGUGAUGCACCGCAGGUUCUUUUGAAAGGACAACAAUAUUUUUUGCAUAAUCAACCUCUGUGUAGAUGGUCCUGCAGCUCAGCUUUUCUUCAAUGGAUUUUUCACCAACUCCACAGCAAUAAGGUAAAGGUAAAGGGACCCCUGACCAUUAGGUCCAGUCGUGGCCGACUCUGGGGUUGCGGUGCUCAUCUCGCUUUUAUUGGCCGAGGGAGCCGGCGUACAGCUUCUGGGUCAUGUGGCCAGCAUGACUAAGCCGCUUCUGGCGAAUCAGAGCAGCGCACGGAAACACUGUUUACCUUCCCGCCGUAGUGGUACCUAUUUAUCUACUUGUACUUUGAAGUGCUUUCGAACUGCUAUGUUGACAGGAGCAGGGACCGAGCAACGGGAGCUCACCCCGUCACGGGGGUUCAAACCGCCGACCUUCUGAUCAGCAAGUCCUAGGCUCUGUGGUUUAACCCACAGCGCCAUCCACGUCCCCUCUCCACAGCAAUGUUCAUGUGCUAAUCCUCAUCCUCCUCUUGACCAGCACUAGCAGAAAAAAUAAGCAAUGAAGUAAACACUGCAAGUCAUAGAAAAGAGAAACAGCGCACGUGUGCUCUAUUUGCAUAAUUUCUGCAGGUUGCAGAAUUCAUCAUUUUGGGGUGCAGAAUUCAGAUUGCUUAGAGGAUUAUUUUUAUUAUUAUUUCAUUUUUGCAUUGACUGCACACAGUCCUGGUUGCCACUAUUUAGUUGUUGGGACCCAUGUUUCCUACUGGGUUGGAACACCAAAUCCUUUCAUGCUCUGCCUCAUGUUUGACUAAUUGGAACAAAAAAAACUCUUCUCUCUUUGAUUCUCUCUUCGUUCCACAUGUUGGGUGCUGCCAUACAUUGCUUCACGACUGCAACACGUAGUGUGGAAUUUGGUAUCGGGUAGUGCAGAAUCCAGCUUCCUGAAAUUCUUAAGAUUUCUUCUCCUCCUCCUUUUAAAACUGCAAGUUUCUAGUCUUCAUGGCUGCAGAGAUCGACUUUGUCAUGUGUGUGUGAAGCCAUGUUCGGUAAAAUAUCAGGAGCUCUUCUUGCUGGUUGCAGAUGCUGAGCAGGCCUCUCAGUUAACUGGGUUUGUGAUUUCAGUCUCUGCAAAACUCAGCUCUUGCCUUCCUCUUCCCCUCCCUGCCCCCCGGCUAAUAAGAAAACUAAUACUUAUAAUACUACUGCUGAUAAUAAUAAUAAUAAUAAUAAUAAUAAUAAUAAUAUCCAAGGAGCUCAAGGUUGUGCACCUGUUUCUAUGCCUCUUUUAUCCCUACAACAAUACUGAGACAUAGGUUAGACUGAGAGAUAGGUAAAGGUAAAGGGACCCCUGACCAUUAGGUCCAGUCGUGACCGACUCUGGGGUUGCGGCGCUCAUCUCGCUUUAUUGGCCGAGGGAGCCGGCGUACAGCUUCUGGGUCAUGUAUCCAGCACGACUAAGCUGCUUCUGGUGAACCAGAGCAGCAUACGGAAACGCCGUUUACCUUUCCGCCGGAGCGGUACCUAUUUAUCUACUUGCACUUUGACGUGCUUUCGAACUGCUAGGUUGGCAGGAGCAGGGACCGAGCAACGGGAGCUCACCCCAUCGCAGGGAUUCGAACCGCCGACCUUCUGAUUAGCAACUCCUAGGCUCUGUGGUUUAACCCACAGCGCCACCCGCGUCCUUAGACUGAGAGAUGGUGGCUUGCAAACUGUUCCUCGGUGGGUAUAAUGGCUAAGUGGGGAUUUGAACCCGGAUUUCUCCAGUCUUGGUGAAACAAAUGGUUCCAUUGUAUGAAAAACCACCACAUAAAAUUUCACUGGCUUUUGAUUUGGCCUGGCUAUCUAUUCACUGGACUAGUCUUUGUUUUAACCGCAGAAUAUUUGCAGGCCUUUGUGUAAGGUAGACUCUCCUGGUUCUGGUCAGCAGCUGCCACCUCAGUUUUGCACAUCCCACAAUGACGCUUUAGACCCCUGGGGAUUUGUAGCCACCCUGCUCGCUACUGGCUCACCUGGGCCCCCCUUGCUUCUUUCCCUGCCAGGUACUAUUACAACAAACGGAUCUUGCACAAGACCAAGGGCAAACGCUUCACCUACAAGUUCAACUUCAGCAAAGUGGUCCUGGUGAAUUACCCUCUCCUGGACAUGGCUGCCAACUCCCCGUUUCUGCUGGCUCAGAACCCUUUCAAUGGGAGCAACCAUGGAGCAGAUUGUGCCCCUCUGACCCCUGAGGUAUGAUGCGGGAAAGAGGGAACCACGUCUGUUUUUUAAGAGGGGAUGUGCUGAGGGUGUAUCAUGCCGUUUGCUCCCCUUCAGAGCACGUUUCAGCUCAAGUCGUGAGCUGGGCCUCUGAUGUCAGAACGUUGUGCUGCAAUGGUGCCAUGGAGAAUGUGCAGAGUGGCAAUUUCUACCCCACCUUUUUUUAAUAUUUUCAGCCUACAGGGCCAGGAUGGUCAGAUCAGGAGGCAGCGAGAUCAGCCACUUACCAUUUGAGACCAUGCAUCUGCGUAGCUCAUUCAUUCCCUUUUCUCUUCCCCCUAGACCCUGCAAAGCCUCUUCUCCAGCCCCCGUUUGGGGGACCCGGCAACCCGCACCCCACUCUUUGAACGCCAAACUGAGACAGAGAAGCUCAGACUGGAUGCAACCUUCCCUUUUCUGGGGUCAGGUGAGAGCAAGCUGUUUACCUUUCCAAAAUAAUAAUAAAAAAAAUCUGGGAAGGCUAUGCUUUCAAGGUAAAGGUAAAAGUAAAGGAACCCCUGACCAUUAGGUCCAGUCGUGACCAACUCUGGGGUUGCGGCACUCAUCUCGCUUUAUUGGCUGAGGGAGCCAGUGCACAGCUUCCGGGUCAUGUGGCCAGCAUGACUAAGCCGCUUCUGGCAAACCAGAGCAGUGCACAGAAACGCCGUUUACCUUCCCGCCGGAGUGGUACCUAUUUAUCUACUUGCACUUUGACGUGCCUUCGAACUGCUAGGUUGGCAGGAGAUGCUUUCAAGGUAGGGGUCCCUAAUUAUUAUUUUUGCUGCUUGUUCAUUUUGGGUUUUUUAAAAGAACUCCCCAUAAAGGUGAUUACUUCUCUUUCCAUAUUGCUAUGAUUCACGCCAAAAGGGUAAUAUGAAAAUAUCACAAUGAAUUGGGAUUCCAGUAAAACCAAAGCCUCUGAACCCAGCAUAGACUGGUUGCUCACACCUCUUUUUCCCCCCCUUCUCCCCCACAGGUGUUGCCGGAUAUACAAAGCCCCCCAGUUUGCUGACUCCGUAUGGCAGGAACGCUUCCUUCCCAGAUUACCCCUGGAAUUUUAACCCUUACCUGUCCAGCUCUUUCCCCCUGAACAGCUCCAAACUGCCCGCCUCCCUGUACUCCCCCCACUUCUACCCCAACCCCCUGUCUGGGUCAUUAGCCCAGCUUCCAGCACCCAUUUCACUACUGCCGGGAGAUAGCACAGAGCGGGCUGCAGCUCUGGGGGGCAGCUCCAUCCCUCGCCUCUGUCUCCCUCCCCAUGGCAUGACCCUGCCCCUCCGCGGCGCUGGGAAUGCGGCCGGUGAGCGUGAGAAGGAGCUGCUGGGUCCCAGGGCCCAGAGCCCUUCAGGGGGGCGAGGGGCCAAAGAGGACCCUGGCUCCGAUUCCGAGUUGGAGAUCACAGAUCUAAGCGAAUGCAGCUCGGAGAACGAAGGCUGCGAUUUCAGCCCCGACAGCUUGGAGGCGAUAGAGAGCCAGGUGCAGAAUUACAAGCGGCUGCAGACAGAGCGGACAGCAGGGGCAACAGCCAGCAAGCCGGAAGGGGUGGCAGAGGCCAGCCUGGGCACUGCCAAGGAAGCGAAGAGUCUGCCAGGCAGCUGA